AUGAGUGGAUCAAGGGGAGGAGCCAAGAACAACGGUGGACAUGUCCAAUACCGAGGCGUUCUCUACACGCCUUGGGGAAAGUUUGCCGCCGGGGUUCGUGACCCCAACAGGGAGGGUCGGAAGCUGUGGUUUGGAUGUUUCAACACUGCUGAUGAAGCGGCUAGAGCUUAUGAUAGAGCUGCUUAUAAUAUGAGUGGUUCAUCUGCCAUCCUCAAUUUCCCAAAUGAGUACAAUAUGGCUUCUCAUGCUGGUUCAACAUCUUCAAGCAAUGUGUUUGCGUUUGAAUACUUGGAUCUUGAUAACUGGUUAGACUUGUUGGAGGUGGUUGUUGAUCAUGCAGAGAAAAAUAAUAGGGGACCCUAA